GCACAAGUAUAUCGACAGCUACACGAAAGAUUUGGUCAAGCAGCUGAGGGAGAAUAAUGUCAACCUCAGAAAGGUGUACAGUAUCAUAGGCAGUUUCUUCAGGAAAAUGGAAAAUGUAUCCUUUCACGAAAAGGGCGUUGAAGACUUUGUGUGGCAAGAUUAGUAGCGAGCAAGAAGAUGACGAUGUCCCGGAAAACAAUAGAAGUGUUCUCGGAGAUGGGGGCUGCGGAUCCGGAGUUCACUUACAUCGUGCAAGUGGACGACGACAACAGGAUCAUGAACCUGCUAUGGACAACAGAAAAGGGCAGGGACCAGUACCAUUAUUCCGGUGAUGCAAUCACAUUCGACACCACAUACAGAACAAAUGUUUAUGACAUGCCGUUUGGGCUGAUUGUGGGGGUGAACAGCCACUUCCAGAGUGUCAUCUUCGGCGGGUUCUGCUAAGAGAAGAGAAGGUUGAAAACUUUGAAUGGGUUUUCGGAGAAUUUGUGAAGAUGAUGGGUGGGAAAAAUCCAGUAACCAUCCUGACAGGUAUUUUUGCCAAUUUUCCAUGUGUACGAAAUCCGCAUUUUUUUUGCUUUGGGUUUUGCUUAGCCGCGGUUGCACAUCUGAGUGAAAAUGACUUGGCAUUCUGCAGAUCAGUGCAUAGCUAUGGAUGUAGCCAUUGUGAAUGUUUUGCCGGACACGAAGCAUCACUGGUGCAAGUGCCAUGUCCUUAGGAAGGCCAAGGAAAGACUAGGUGCUCUCUAUGGGAAGAAUAGCCAGUUCAAGUUUGAUUUCCACCGGAAUGUGAACCAGAUGCUGACAAAGGAGGAAUUCAAGGGGCUUGGGUGCACAUGCUGAGCAGAUAUGGCUUGGAGAAGAAUCCAUAUCUGUACCAGAUAUAUGAGACCCGAGAUAAGUGGGCGAAGCCGUACUUCAGUGGCAUCUUCUGUGUGAGGAUGACUAGCACUCAGAGAAGCGAAAGUGCGAAUCACAUGCUCAGGACGUAUGUGCCUCCUGGAUCGGCCAUGUACGUGUUUGUUAAACAAUUUAACAAAUUGCUGUAUGAUAGGGACGCAGAAGAGAGUUUCCAGGAGAAGAGGACACGCCUGGGUGGGGUGGUUUGCAAGGUUGGUGAGCCUAUGGAGAAUCAUGCCGCAAAGAUCUACAUGCGAACAAUGUUCGAGAAGUUCCAGGAUAGUAUGUACAAGUCUGGUUCUUACUACGCCGACAAGGUGGUGCCAGGGGAGAUGUAUGUUACAACACAUUUUGAUUGUGAGAGCCGGGAGAAGUGGUGCAAGGUGCAGUACAAGGUUUCGGGUAGCGGUGGCUAUUACACAUGCUAAUGCGGCAUGUAUGAGCACAUGGGCAUGCUCUGCUGCCAUGUCCUUAAGGUUCUGGUCCACCUCAGGUUCAAAUGGACAGUGGACGCGCGCGACGUGUUGCCCAUGCACCUGGUGCACUACCAGAAAGAUCAGGGCCUGAUGACAUCCUUCAGUUUCCAGCAUUCCCAGCUAUACCUCAAUUGCAUGGAAGUGGGAUGUAAAUGUUGAUGCAUACACCACAACAAUGAAGUCCAUAAAGGUUAUGGUGCCAAAGCUCAAGAAGGUAGCUGUCGAAGGGGAUGGUUUAGGUCUCGAGGCGAGGCUCAACGUGAAGAAAGCUCGGGUAGAUGGUGCGGCUGCACAAAUGGUCGUGCAGUACCUCCACUGGGACAAUGGGGUCUCUGAUGCAAUCAGUCUGGAUGCAACCCUGCUCGCUCCAUCGAAGAACAGAAGUGGUGGAAGGCCAACAAAUAGCCAUGAC